CGUCAAACAAGCGCGCAGCAGCAGGGGCUCAGCACUCAAUCAGAUCAGCAGCAACUCGUAACAGUGUUGUCCUGACUGUAGGGAUCCCCGUACUGAUAAGAGAUAGUACCUUGGACUGCGACCUAUAGAUGUCAAGCGGCUUGCGCACUAACGACACCUGCCUGUCCACUUCAAGAAUGGUGACCAGUCUGGACGACAUCCAGUCGCUGCGCUUCUGGAAAGCCAUAGCAGCAGAGUUCCUGGGAACGUUGCUUCUCGUCUUCGUCGGAUGCGGAUCCUGCGUCUCCGAGGAAGCAAGUGUUAUAAGCAUAGCGCUAUGUUUCGGUCUGAGUGUUGCGACCAUCGUGUGGAUGAUUUGUCAUGUCAGUGGAGGACACAUCAACCCAGCAGUGACGGCAGCGAUGUUGGCGACGAGGAAGAUCAGUCUCGCGAGGGCCGUCUUCUACGUCUUCUUCCAACUUCUCGGCUCCAUCGUAGGAGCAGGGUUGUUGUACGGACUGAAAGUUCAAGAGAAAGGAGGUCUUGGACUAACCUUAGUUAGCAAGGAGAUCGACGCUGGACGCGCGGUCGGGAUAGAGUUGUUCAUUACCUUGGUUCUGGUCUUCACAGUGUUCGCUUCCGUCGACUCCAAGAGGAAGGACCUCAAUGGCUCCACGCCCCUCACCAUUGGACUGUCCGUCACUAUGUGCCACCUGUUUGCGAUUCCCUUCACCGGCUCCAGCAUGAACACUGCACGGAGCUUUGGCCCGGCUGUUGUGAUGUGGAACUGGACACACCACUGGGUGUACUGGGUGGGGCCGAUCAUAGGGGGUGUGGCAGCCGGCCUCCUCUACGAGCACGUGUUCGCCGUCAACGCGUCCAUGUCUAAGGCAAAGGCGUGCAUGUUGUCUAGCGCCUACGACGACGAGAAGUACGAGGCCCAGAAGCUGAAGAUCCGCAUCUUGGAGGAAGAUGAUGACGUAGAGACGAUCAACCUGAAGGAAGCGGAGGCUGGGGAGGGGAAGGGGGCUAAGUCGAACCAUGACGACCCCCAGGUCGAGGUGUAGAACAGACUGUACGCUGUGCCGCUAAGUCUCGGCGUUCUCUCGCGUCUUACCAAACUGCUACUACGGUCGUAGCUACGUACUGCUCCGUUUUGAAAUUCAGGUUUGAGUUCAGUUUCGUACUGGAUCGCGAGUUCAGGUUUUACAUUGCUUGGCAAAAUUGGAAUUCUAAUUUGAAGGUGUAUCUAUAUACACGCUGAUUUGAUGUAAAAAUGUAACUCACCCUUCAGUUUCAUUUCUGAUACGGAUACGGAUUUCAUUAACAUCAGCUUCCCAGUUCCUAAAACUUUUCCCUUGAUGUAUACCCAAGUUUGUUUGAAAUGUGUUGGCUAGAAAUACGAACGCGCUAAGAUUCAUACGCUUUUACUAUAUUUAAAAACAACUGCAAUGGAAAACCUCGACGUUUUCUGGUUCAUAACUUUGCAAUAUCCGAAGUAAUCGGUUCAGAUAUCUAAGUACGUGAGUGUAAGGUUUGCCAGCUAUGAACAAAUUUCAUAAUUUCUUCAGUGUUCACUUAAAUGGCCCCUGUGGAGGCCAGGGGAACUUGUGUUUGCCUCCAUGCGCAUGUUUCAAAGUCAGGGAUUUGUAACUAUACUUGAUCUACAAGCUAAUGUCAGAUGGUAAGAUGGGACGAUAUGAAGCUACGAUUGUAGAGUUGGCUAAUAGAUAGUGCGAGCAUGACGCGACCGGUCUUAGUAAGAACAAAAUUCUCUGAAAUUGGGGAACGUUUCACAGAAACUGUGUCAGUGUGUUAUUUUCUGAACCGGCGCUUGAAUUAUGUUUUCACAAAAGAGUGUAUUGGAUAAAACGGAGAAGCAUACGUUUUCGCGGAGUAUGGACAAAGGGAGACUACUCGGACGGUCUUUUUGUUUGGUUGGUUCACGACUUGUUUGUGACAAAACGAAAUCAGUAUGAAAAAUGGAAGUAUUAACAAUGGCGCAUUUACGUCAUCCGACAAUAAUGGUGUCUACAUAAUAUGUCAUUAUUCACAAUAUAUCCCAUUUUGUCCUUAGUGUUUAAAGGACACAUUUAUUUUAAUGUACACAUUAGCCUAGUAACUCGACAGUUAACGAGUUGAUGUAUAUUUUUCAGUUUUCCAUCAAAUAGAUAUUUUAGUGUUUUUUGAUACAUGUACUUUAAUUUUGCAUGGUAAAUUUUCAGCCAUUAGGUAACUGUGAAACUGUGCUAGACAUUAUGUCUUCUGAAUGACAAACAAACGGAAUUUUAAGUAAUGUCGGAAUGCAUUCAAGCCAGCUUGCCGACUGUCUGUAUAUUUAGGUUCAGGAGAAAGGGGAUGGCCCGGUUCCUCAAAGCGAUCUUAGCGUUAACCUUGUCACAAGUCAGUGUUAAGGUAUGAGACUUGUGAUUUUCUAAUACCUGCUUUACAUGCACACAUUUACACACAGGAGUAUAUUUGCUUAUGUAAGUAAAUUUAUUUAUAGUAAGUAAAUUGACAACGUAAACGUCACAAAA